GUCUAAAUCGACAACUCUGAUGUUCUGCAAUAAGUUCUCAACUUACUGUCGUUGGAACAUCUCAGGGGGCGCAAACGCACGACGAUUUUCGGUUGUCACACCAAAGCCCAUAAAGGCAACUGUCUUUAUAUUCUUCAGUCAACGUCCAAGGUCUAGUAGUGUCGACGCCUGUGAAUGUGGGCAAACAUAUGCACAAAGUCUUCGUUAUAACCGUAAAAAUUUCAUACUCCCAAAAAGUCACGAAUUUGUUUUGACGUCUAUCGUUAACCAAGACGGGCACUAUUUGUAUCCAAGUCUGACCAUUGAUAAAGUGACGAUGGAGCAGCAGUCAACUGAAGAAGCAAAACAACAGGUCAGUCGCUCCAAAGCAAGACAUUUACGCCGUAAGCGUCUUAUUGCUGCACGUAAAUCAGCAAAUGAUAGCUCAUCGCUAAGUCACUUAGAUACAGAACAAAAUAUCAUCAUAGAAGGAACUGAUGUACUUACCAAAUCAAAAGCCAAAAGGUUACGAAAAAAAAAGAAAGCCAAGUUAGCCAAGGAUCCAAGUCAGGCACUGCAAACUGACAAGGAUACGCUUGAAUCUGAAAUAGAAUCCGAAUUAUCAAUCAAUAAUAUAUCCUUGAGUGAUGUCUCGGGGUACGAGAAGUUUAAUCAAAGUGCGGUGACAAAUUAUAACAAACCUAAUUUCUUGCUUUCUGAAUUAAAAAAACAAGCGUCAAAAGCCGUCCUUGAUGAUGCAUGUAAGAGCACUUCUAGAGGGAGCAGUACACCAUCAAUCUACGAAAAAACUUGUACUUCAAACACUGUCUCAAAUGAUCAGAGCUUGAACAAAAAACAAAAUAUAAAUAAGUCUGAGAGUCCUGGCCAUUGUCAAAAUCUGCCACAUUCGGACUUUGAAAUUUCACCUGAAGGGCACAGUGACAUCAGUACUGAUCUAGCCAAUGGUCAAAUUUCUGUAAAGUCGGAAGGAAAAAUAAAUCUGAUGAUGGAAAAAUCUAGAGAACAAGUCAAGGCAGAACGCGAAGCCAAGAAAGCAGCAAAGGCUUUGGCUAAGAGUAAAGCAAAAACGCCAAAAACCAAGCAAACAAUUGAUGUUAAAAACAGCCAGGAUACACAAACUAAGAUUGUUCCUGCUGAUGCUAUUGAAAAAGGUGUGAAAGAAUUUGUUGUUGAUAAAGAUGCUGUACCACCUAAAGAAAUACUCAAAAGAACAGAGAGUGAAAUAGUCUCCAGUGCAAGUGAUAAAAAAAAUGAAUUAGUAACUAAAGCGACUGGUGAAAAAUGUAAACGAGAGGCCCGAGCUGAGCGUAGAGCUAAACAAGAGGCUCAAAGAGCUGCCAAAGAAAUGCAGAUGGCACCAAAAAAUAAGCAAAAGACAGUUGAACCUCCCAAAUUAAAAGCCUCACGUGAUUUAUUGGAGCCUGUUAAGAAUAUUGUGAAAAAAAACCAGUCAGAUAGUCACCUACAUGAAGUGAAACUUUUUAAACAUUUGUAUCGUGAAAGGCAAUCGCCGUUGGUGAAUGUUCCUACACUGAACUCUAGUAUACACCCUGCACUAAUUAGACUAGGAGUCCAGUAUGCGAACAAAAUAAUCGUUGGGAGUAACGCAAGAUGUGUCGCGUUGUUGUCUGCGAUUAAACAGCUCAUCAAUGAUUUUGAACGACCUCCACAAGUCGAUUUUACGAGAGGCUUAGAAGCUAGCUUACAAGAAAGUGCAGCUUACUUACACCGUUGUAGACCAAUAGCAGUUUCUAUGCAAAAUGCUUUGAAACAUCUCAAGUGGCAAAUGAGUCAAUUAUCAACAACCAUCUCAGAUGAGGACGCUAAAACAAAAUUGCAAGAUGCUAUUGAUACGUAUAUUAGAGAACAAAUUGAACUUGCUGGAAAAGCAAUUUCAGACACCAUAAAAUCGAAGAUAUCAAAUGGUGAUGUUAUCUUGACUUAUGCAUUUUCAUCUCUAAUUCACAACAUACUAGUUGAAGCACAUAAGGAUCGUAAACAGUUCAGAGUUAUUAUAGUCGACGGUAGGCCUUGGUUGGAGGGAAAAGAACAAAUGAGGCGACUUGUGAGACAUGGGAUCGAAUGUUCCUACGUAUUAAUCAACGCGCUUAGUUUCAUUAUGCCUGAGGUCAGUAAAGUAUUUUUGGGAGCACAUGCAAUUCUGGCAAAUGGUGCUGUGAUGUCGAGAGCAGGCACAGCGCAAGUCGCUCUCAUGGCAAAGGCAUUCAACGUGCCCGUCUUAGUUGCCUGUGAAACGCACAAGUCGUGCGAGCGUGUUCAAACAGAUUCUUUUGUCUACAAUGAAAUUGGUGAUGCAGAUGAACUAGCUUACCAUUGGUCAAACAAUGCCAAGAAAUCUGUGCUUACCAAUUGGAAAACAAAGAAAUCUUUGGAUCUGCUGAAUAUAACAUUUGAUGUUACCCCCGCUGACUUGGUAUCAGCAGUAGUUACUGAAUUAGCGAUCCUACCUUGUACUAGUAUUCCAGUUAUACUCCGAAUCAAACCAUCCGAAAUUUAAGUUUAUAUUUAUGCAGUACUGUUUUCACUUCAAACCAACAUUACUGUUAUCAUGAACCUUAAUUAUGAUGUAAACUUAGUCUUGCAAUCAGUUGAACUGUUCAUAUUUAUGAAAUUAAAUGUAUUAAAAUGUACAUUGUUUUGAAUACUUUCGAAUAAAUGUUUGGAAAAAUCAAA